GUUAAGGAUGAACAACUGACUCGACAACUCGGACAACGAAACGUGUUACAACAAAUUUCUAGUGAACAACAACAAAAACAAAUAAAACAGACAAUUAGAAAAAGGUAUCAAUGCGCUCAAUCAACAUACCAAAUGCAAAUAAACUAUUCAUGUGGCAUACAUACAAACAAUCAAACAUACACUUAUACGGUUGAGAGUCAAUUGAAACUUAGUGAGAGCAAUUAAAUUAACGCCAUCGCAACUAAUCGAAGAAUCGAAUUAGAAUAAAAGACGGCGACAAGAAAAAUAAAUAAAAGAAAUAAAAACAAAUUGAAGAAGUAAAUAAAAGAACCUCGCAAUGCCGGAGGCCACCAAAUCAACGGCUAGCAUUGAGAAUGGCGUUCAAAAAAGCUGCAACAACAAGACACAUACAACUGCGACAACAGAGAACGGUUACAAUGCAUUAGCUGGUGAGAUGGUGGGCGAUAUAGGUGGUAGUGGUGAGAGCGGUGAGAGCGCAGUAACGGCAGCGGGCAAUACAGUCGAUUUACCAGAUGCUGUAUUAAAUAAAUUGUUUCACAACUAUUUCCUAAAACAACGUCGUGCGGGACUUAAAUGGUUUUUGUUUACAUCUAUACUCUUCAAUGGUUGGACGCUAAUUAUACCGCAUGAACAAGGCCUGCUGCCUAUUGUGUUUACUUUGUUUGUGCUCUGCUCGAAUGUGAUGUUUAGCUUACUUCUGGAUCUGAAAUUGAGCGCUAUAAAAAACUUAAGCGGUCUGCAUGAAAAACUACUGAAACAAACCUCGUGUUUGCUUUGGUCUCUUUUUAUGGCACAUUUUUUAUCCUAUGUGGAUCUGCAAGAAAAUACCUCGCCAAGAGAUACACUCGGUUGGAUGAUACUUUUCAACUUUCUCAUCUAUGUUACCCUGCCUAUUGAGCUUUUCUAUAGUGGUUGCAUCGUUGGGUUCCUGACUUCUGCCAUAUAUCCACUGGCAAUAUUUUAUUAUACAAGAGAAGAUCCGAAUUUUAUUCAACAAAUAUUAGCAAAUGUGGUGAUGGUUUUUACUGCGGCAAUAAUUGGCCUCAUGUACUACUUUAUGGGUGAGGCUAAACAAAAACGUGCUUUUCUAGAGGCUAAGAAGAGUUUAGAAGUCAAAAUGAUCAUCGAGGAACAGUCGGCCGAGCAGGAACGAUUAUUACUAUCUGUACUACCGAAACAUGUGGCUGUAAAAAUGCGACAGGAUCUGGGUUCGACGAGUUCGGAGCCAUUCAAGAAAAUUUACAUGAGCAGGCAUGAAAACGUGAGCAUUCUUUAUGCGGAUAUUGUGGGAUUCACGGCCAUAUCCUCUACUUAUAGCGCUCAGGAUCUUGUUAAAAUGUUAAAUGAACUAUUUGCACGUUUCGAUAGGCUGGCAGAGAAAUACCAUCAGUUAAGAAUUAAAAUCCUUGGUGAUUGCUAUUAUUGCAUUAGUGGUGCACCUGACGAACGUCCCGACCAUGCCGUGCUGUGUGUUCAUAUGGGCCUCUCAAUGGUGAAAGCUAUUAAAUAUGUACAGCAAAAGGCUAAUUCGCCUGUUGAUAUGAGAGUGGGCAUACAUACCGGUGCUAUAUUGGCUGGCAUACUUGGUCAACGGCAGUGGCAAUUCGACGUCUACUCCAAAGAUGUUGAGUUGGCUAAUAAAAUGGAAUCAAGCGGAAAAGCCGGGCGUGUGCAUAUUUCGGAUAAAACGUUGGCUUUUCUAAGUGGCGAAUUUGAAGUGGAGCCCGCGCAUGGCGAGCGCAGAGAGGAGGCUUUACGUAUUGCUGGACUUAAAACUUACUUCAUAACCAAAGUUUUGAAGCCGUUUGCUUCACCCUGUACAAAGAAGAUCAACGAAUGCGGUAAUGUUGGAGAAAAUGUUGUUGGUAAUAUUGAUGAUGAUACGCUUGACGAAGAAUUGUUGGCUGAGACAAAUAGUGAAGGUGACAAAGCUGUUGAUGCCAACAAAACCGAAGAGCUUAGCAAGCAAACAAACUUUAAAAUUCGUUUGCAGGAGGAACUAAUUACGCGAGAUGGUCACGAAGAUCUUUCGAAAUUCACUACCUUUUUUCUUAAAUUCAAAAACAAGAGCUUGGAAGAUGCCUACGCCACUUAUCGUGAACCCUACUCUUCAUUUCCAUUACUUGCCGCUCUACUAGUCCAAUGGAUUGAUAUUUUGUAUUCCUACAUUGUGCUUCCAAGAUCACCGCUUCAUUUCAUAAACAUUUCUGCGCCAUUGAUACCCAUUUUUAUGCUCGUCUUCAUUUCAAUAGCCGAAAGUUUUCCCCGUCAUUUACCUGAAUUCUUUGUGAGCCUUAGUAAACGUUUCAAUGACAUAACAUUUGUACGGGAACUGGCUGCCAUUAUAAUAGCCGUGACGAUAGGACUCAGCAAUGUUGUGGAUAUGUACUUCUUUGUGACUUUCUUGAAAACGGAUCAUGUUGUUUUGGAGAGCGAAAUAGACGCCAUCACUGAGGGUAUUGUGCCAUCCGAGCCGGUCUCGGCCUCUAUGCUAGCGUCUGCUCCUAUACCGGGUGAAAUCUAUAUGUAUCCUUCAUAUAUGAGUAAUUUCGCAGUGUUGAUUUUGAUUGCGACCGCAGUGAUUGCGCAACUGACGCAUGUCACAAAAAUCGUGUUGAUGGUCGUGUUUACAGCGCUUCAUUGCUAUUGUAAUAUAUUCCUCUUGAGCGAUUUAUAUACAUACGAAGAUGAAUUAGCAUCUAAUCCCGCAAUACCCAUCUCGGUCGCCCUUUCCACAGUACUAAUUAUGGUUACGCUGGCGUUAUCAUUUUUUGCACGCCAUAUGGAUCGCGAGGAUCGCGUGAUUUUCAAAUGGAAAACUGAAGUUGCUGAGCAGCGUGAAAUGGCAACAGAUAUGCGACAACGAAAUGAGGCACUGGUCUAUAACAUUUUGCCCGUUCAUGUGGCAGAGCAUUUUAUGAAGAACACAAAACGAUCGCACGAUGAUCUCUAUUCACAGAGUUAUGCCGAGGUGGGUGUGUUGUUUGCGAGUAUGCCGAACUUUUCAGAUUUUUAUUCAGAAGAGACCGUUAACAAUCAAGGACUUGAGUGUUUGCGCUUUCUAAACGAAGUGAUUUCGGAUUUUGAUGCGUUACUGGAACUUCCACAAUUCCAAGAUAUAAUAAAAAUCAAGACGAUCGGUUCAACUUACAUGGCAGCUAGUGGCAUCAAUUCGAAUCGUAUAAGUCAACCGGAUGAUCCAAUCACCAAGCGUUGGGCUCAUCUGGCAAUUUUGGUGGAAUUCGCCUUGGAGUUGAAGAAAGCCUUGCAGGGCAUCAAUGAACAAUCGUUUAAUCAUUUUGUGCUUAAGAUGGGCAUUAAUCAUGGCCCAAUCACGGCUGGCGUUAUUGGUGCACGAAAGCCCCACUAUGAUAUUUGGGGCAAUACAGUGAAUGUGGCAUCGCGCAUGGAGAGUACGGGCAAAGCUGGUGCUAUACAGGUGACUGAAGAAACUUGUAACAUUCUACAAGAAUUUGGAUACACCUUCCAGCAACGUGGACUUGUUAGUGUAAAGGGAAAAGGUCAGCUUAUGACCUACUAUCUAAUGGGCAAAGCUGAGAAGGGCGCCAUCACCUAUUCGACUGUGCGGCAAUCGAGUGACGAGCUGAUCAAACCGAUAGUAGAAAAUCAUUUACAAACGACAGGCGAGCAUUGCAAUGGUCACUCCGCAUUGAAUGGCAUUAAUGGUGAGGUGAGACACAAAGACACUGUUGAGCCCGAUAUAAAAACACCACUGCUAGACGUGAGAGCGCAUGAAACUAGCGCAACGGCUGAUAGCGAGCGAGAUGCAUUGAUAAAUUAGAUUUAAAGAAAAUUUGAAACAAACAAGAAAAAAAAAGAAAAAAAAAAGAAAAAAUAUGCUUACCAGAAAAAUCCAACUCCAUAUAGCAAUUAAGCAGUAAAAAGAAAAUUACACUAUAUGUUUACCUAGAAUAUGAGUAAAUAUUAUAAAUACUUAUGUAUGUAUAGUUACGAAUAGCGACAGGUAUGGAGAGCGGCAGUUAUGCAUGUGAAAGAGAAUUUCAAAUUGAAGCCAAUAGUAAGAUAUGUGUAUGUGUACACCCUUAUAGUUGCUUACGUCCCCAAAAACAAGAACAACAAAAAUGUACAGAAGCAAUAUGCAAACCGAGACAUGCAAACUCACAUACGUAUACUUAACAGAUUUUACAUAAUUUAAAUAUGAGAAUACAUACAUACAAACUUAUAGUAUACCAACAAUAACAUCACCAGAAUCAUAGCAAACAAAAUUAGCAUACCCUUAACGCACAAGUGCGCGCGGGUAUAACAAUGAAAUACAAUAUUUACUGCAUGUGAUUAGCUAAGUAGUCAGUCCAAUGUUUUUGAAGAGAUGUCCAUUUGCAUUUUUCUGGGUUUGUUUCGAUGCCCAAUUUUGACUGCCAGCCUAUUUAUUAUUAUUAUUAUUUUGUAUUCGUAUUUAAUUUCAGUGAAGAAAAACGUAAAGAUUAGCAAGAUUCUUUUCAUAUAACAUCCAAAUGUAUAUUCUGUAAAAAUAGAUGUGUGUAGGUAUGUGUAUGUGUUUUUAAGUAGGCGUUAUUUUGUAUUUUUGUUUUUGUAAUACAAAGUGGGGCAAAAUUAAUCAUCCAAUUUGUUUUAAGAACUUUUUUACUAAAGAAAAACAAAAAACAAAGACUUUGAGUGAUGGAAAUCUUUAUUUUGACCUUUACGCGCUCCAUUGCUUGUCUAUUUGUAUAAGUAUUUAUUUAUUUAUUUACCAACAAACAAGACGCUGAUAAGAGUCUUAUAAGCAACUACUUAAAAGUAAACUUAGAGUAAGAGAAAUCAAAGUCUAAGGAAGAAGCAUAAGCAUUAAUAUCCUCUUCAUUCCAAAACAGUUUUAGCAAUACCCACAAAAAACAAUAGGGAAAAUCUACUGAACCCGCACAAAUAUCAACACAACAGAACAUGCCUAGACUCUAAGGAAAUGAGAUUUAUUAAUAAGCAACGAGAGCGAUAGGACGGAAUGGGGGAUAUACUGCAGCUGUCUAGUGCACAAAUAUGAUUGACAUACGACGCCAUUGCAAAAAAUAUAAAUCUUCCGAUAGAGUGAUUAAUUUUGCGCCACUUUGUAUAUUCGCGCACUCAACGAACUUUUUCUUAAACUUAGUUAAUUUGCAACAUAUUUUUUUUAUUUCACUAUUGUUGUUAUCAUCUUAGUGAUGAGUCUGUGCACACAAAAAAUAUUACUACUUAUAAAUAUAUAUAAAAUUUAAACAUAAAUUACAUAUAUAUUUAAUUACACACAGACAUGUCACCACCUUAGAGUAAAAGGGUGCUAAGUUUAGUUUUUGUGAGAUAAUUGAUAAUUGAAAGACAGUUACUCAAAGAACUAUUUGAAUGUUAGGCGCCUUUCGUUUCGGCACUGCUCUGCUCGCUUGACGAAAAAUUUGCAUGUGAAAGCAGCAACAAAGUUAUCGAGCCAUGAUGAAAAAAUGUUAGAAGUCUGGCCAAUAUCAGACCGUUAGCUGGCACUCAGCAAAUUCGACAGAAUCAACCGAUUGGCUGACGUAACUGGGGUAAUGAAUCGGAUUGUUUACGAAAAAAGUAAGAAUGUGCUAGUGAUAUACUAAAAUAAAAGAGUGUGAGAAUAUGUGUGGAACUAUCGUGCAGAUUUCGGCUGGCGAAUCUCCUCGUGAUGUAACAGCCGAAGUUCCCCUGCCCAUUUUAUUUUUCACCAUAGUUAUCAGCCAAACCUGGUAAAUCUAUUAUCCUUGUUAUCGAGCAAGAUUCGCCACUAGCACUUAUGACUGUAUCUCAAUUAUACCUCAUAAGCCUGAUUUAACUCGCUAUAUUCAAUGCUCUCUUCUGAUACUAGGUAAAUUUUAUUAGAUCGCGUUCAUACAGGGAAAAAUUUUAGAAUUCUCUUUUGGUCGUUGUUGUUGCUUUGAAGCAGAGAGAGAGAGAGAGGGAAGUAGAGAUAAAAAUAGUGAGCUUUGAACAGGGAAACAUUUGAGUAUUUUUUUUUGGUCGUUGCUGUUGCUUUGAAGCAGAGAGAGAGAGAGAGGGAAACAGAGAUAAAAAUAGUGAGCUUUAGAAGGGAGCAAACGAAACGCUAUAAGCCGGUAAGAGAGUUUAGUAUACAAUUGAAUUGUAUCGCAGUUAGAUUCUCAGGCGUAUCGACAAAAUGAACAGCAAAAUGUCUAAAGUCUAGGUUUCUACCGUAACCGGUUGGCAGCAUUAUGCAACAACAUUAAACAGUCUCUGUUGAAAAAAACAAAAUUAAAAAACUACAUAUUUUAAAUUUAUUAUUUAUAAAUUUAGAAAACCGCAAGAAUUGGUCCAGCAACAAAAACAAAAUAAAAACAACGUUAUUUUGAAGGCACUUGAAAAGCUUUUGAAACUUAGCACCUUUCAACUCCAAGUUGGCGUCAAUGUAAGUCAAAUGUUACUAACAUUAUUGUUUAAAUUACACUGUGCAACACAUAUUUUCGGGGAGAAUUUAAUCUAAAAUUAUGUAAUCUUAGUAAUAAAACACUGGGUUUUACUUCACGUGCAGGGUUAUAAAAAUGUAUUUAAGUUUACCCUUUUCAAGCUAAAGUCGAAUCAAACUAUUUGAAAACGUAUGCUUAAAAUUGCGUUUAAUAUUAAUUUUGUCUUUGAAAGCAUAUAGUAAAAUAAUACAGAGUAUCAUGUUUUGGGACAUUUUAACCCAAUAACUCCCACUUAAAUGGAUUUUUUUUUCGCUCAUUUUGAGAAACUUCGUGAAAGAAGAGUUAAGAGGGUCGUUUAAGGGUUAAAAUACUUCACAUAUAGUAAAACUCUACGGAGUAUAAUUUUUAGAACACUUCAACCUAUUAAAUCCCACUUAAAUGAAUUCUUCUCGCUGCAUUUUUUUGAGAAACUUCCUAAAAGAGGAGUUUAGAGGGUCGUUAAAGGGUUAAAGGGCUUCAAAUAUAGAAAAAAUUUUAUAGAGUAUAAUUUUUAGAACCUAUUUAACCCAUUAGCUCCUACUUAAAUGAAUUCUUUUCGGUACAUUUUUUGAGUAACUUCGUAAAAACAUGAAUUUAGAGGGUCGUUAAAGGGUUAAAGUGCUUCAAAUACAGUAAAAUUUUUACAGAGUAUAAUUUUUAGAACACUUGAAUCUAUUAACUCUCUGUUAAAUAAAUUCUUUUCGGGUCCAUUUUUUUGAGAAACUUCGUAAAAAGGAGUUUAGAGGAUCGUCGUUAAAGGGUUUAAAUGCUUCACAUUUGAGACAAUUAACCUCUAAGGAUUAUGAAUACCUCGUAAUAACUAAACUUACGGAUUAUUGUAUGGCAAAGCAGUUAGUUUAAUUGAAUUUUAUAGCUUCAGGAAGAAGUUUAAAUAAAUUUGUUUGAAACUGGCUGCUCUUGCCUGAUGUCGCCCGUAAAAAUUUCCAAAUGGAAUGUAAGAAUGUUUUUCAUCGUAUACCUCUAUGCACGUGCUUCUCAGCCAGAAAGGAUUCAUCCAUACAAAUCGUUCUUUAAAUUUUCUAGAAUUUAAAUGAAAUAUUUUCAGUGCAAUUUUGGGCUGAUUGUAAUUAAUUAAUUGAAAUUUAAAAACAUUUAUUGGAGUUUCUAAUCCUUUUUUUGUAACGGUUGAUGAUAAACUAUAUUUUUUGUCUUUCCACGUAUAACGGCACAUGGGGAAAACUAGACAUCUCUAGGUGCGUUUCACACACUUCGAACGAUUGACCUUACAAUUUAUUAUCCGCCAUUGCGAAUACUAGGCCAACCGGAAACUGGGCACAAUGAAAUUGGACUAUAAAUAAAAUGUUUAGUAAUACUUGACUACGGGGCCUUUGGUAGUAAAUUCUUUGCAAAAGUUGAUGCUUGAGCGAAAUCUAGCCAUAAAUACGUUAUUUAGUAAUAACUCGACGAUAACUCGAGAAUAACGCCACCUAACGGGUAAGUAUUUUGCAACCUUAAUGCUAAAAAUAGGCUUUUCCGAUUCGCCAAGCCUUAGCAAGUUUUGCAACUGCGCUUUAGCCGUCUUUGCGUAGUAUUCAACUGAAGUAAGCUGGGUGCAGCCAUGUUGGCAUGAACCAAAUGAUUUUUAUUUAUAAGAUAUUGCACUUCUCGGAUAUGCCAGAUUGAAAAACUUGCUCGUAAAAUUUUACUGUAGGCUUCCAAGCCAAAUCUAAUGUUAAUGUUAAAUGUGGUUUUAAUUCGACUUUAACGCGAACAAGAACAAUUUUAAAGUACUGUAAAAAAAUUGUGAAGUGGCGGAAUAAAAUUUAGUUGUGUGUUUUACUAUCAUACUAAGAUUACAUACUUUCGCUUAGCGCAGGUUUGAUUUUGUCCGAAAUUCUUGCAUAGCGUUUUUUUUUUAUUAAUACGUAUGUAAAAUAUGUGGCAUGUAAAAACAAAUGUAUAUUAUUUGAGAAUUUAGACUGUACAUACUUUUUUGUAUGAUAUGUUAUGGCUUUUCGCAAACGAUAACUUAAAAACAAAAUAGCAUCAAAUUAUAAUAAUAAUUGAAUAACCCAAAAAAGUUAAACAUUUUACAAACGAACGGUCAACUCCAGUAUAUUUGUACAAAUAUUAAUUUAAAUAUACUUUGCUGUUUUUUAUAUGGAUUUCAGUAUAUUUUUAAAUAGUAUAAAAUUUGAAGUAAAACAACAAUUUUAGUACAAUAAAAUAAGUGAAAAUUAAAGUAGAACGAAUAAAACUGAGUACCUUGAUCUCUAUAUAAAGCUAUCUAUGUAUGUUUAUUCACCAACCAUAUAACACUUGUAUGUAUGAACUAUGUGUGCAUGUAGUAAUGAUAAAGGAAUUUUUAAAAGAAGAGAUAUUAUUGUAUAAUACAACUUGCUAGUUAAAAUUAAAUGCAGAUGUAAAUACUUAUUUGCAUAAAUAUGUAUGUACAUACAUGGGGAAGUAUAAUAGAUAUAUACCAUACACAUAUGUAUGUGCAUGCAUACAUAAAUAUGCAAAAAAAACCUUGUUUUGUUAAGCAGAAAGUAAGGUAGAAUUGGUGUUUGUCCUUCGCAAUGCUUAUAAGCUCUUUCUCAUUCCCUUCGUAGCCGUCGUUUCGUUUUCUUUAUCAACGUUGCGCCCUCUUACAAAGGAUAGUAGAUUUAAAGCAGUUUUCAGUUGAAAUACAUAAAAUUCAAAUACAUAAAAAUAUAUAUAAAAUUUUAAUUAUACUCUGCAUAAAAUAUUUAAUUUUCGGAUAACACAGAGAAGUGUGAGCACUCAAUCAGUACUCAAUAAUUUUCCAUUACAUCAUACUAUUUAUACUGUCAUAAAGUUUUAGACACAAUGGUCGGCUCAUUUCAUUCUCUCGCACUGCAAAAUAUUGUUGUAAUCCCCGUAAGUGAUUCAAAUGAAAAAUCUCUAUUUAUACUUUCAUAAAGUUUUAGACACAAUGGUCGGCUCUCGCACUGCAAAAUGUUUAUUGUAAUGCAUGUAAGUUUACAGCUUUACGUUAUUUUAACAUUUGCUGCAUAACAGAAAACAAUUUAGUAGAGUGCUUUAAAAGUGCUUGUGAACAAAUGUUAACUAAAUGAACACAAGUGAAUAAAGUAUUGGCUUAACUUCCACUUAACUUCAAAAUUUCAACGAAAGUUUAUUAAAUUUUUUUAUUUUUUUUUUUUAAGCUUACAUGAUAAUAAAAUGAUUAAUAAACUCAAUCAAACGCAGCGCUAGCAGUAGAGGCUUUUAGCUAGAAGUUAUUUUUGUUUCCCCCUUUAAUUAUGUUGUCGUUGUUGUUGUUGAAGUGGUUGAGUAUUUCUGUUGAAAUAAUCCUAAUUAGCGACUAGCGCCGUUUUACUUAAACUGUUCUGGUGUGAUGACUUUGUUUUUGUUUGCUGUUUUUUUUUGUUUGUUCAUUCAUUUUCUGUGGAAAAGGCUUACACUGUAAGAGCGAAAUCUUGUUCAAGUUAGAUCUGGAUAGGAUACUGGUAUAAGUAAUGAAAAAAACUUUCUUCCACCCCCUCCGCCUGACAGCUUCUGCAGAUGGGAUUGAAAGGAAGGUUAAGUCUAGCUGCAUGAUCACCUACCUUUCAAUGACCCGUAAAGGUGGCAGUGAUACGUGAAAUGGUUGAGCGAAAGCAUACUAACAGGUAAUUCGUUGGUCGGAUGUUGCGCGGCGGCCAUGUUUUUCUUGUUGUGGUGGAUUUAGUUAAUUACUGCCAUCUUCUUUCUGCUAAGGCGGUCCCUUAAUUAUAUUUUAAUAUUAAUAAGAUAUAUAUUAUAUUUUCUGAGGCCAAAUUCGCAAUUGGCAUACUAAAAUUUACCAAAACGAAUUACCCUCACCUCGGUAAAGAAAACAACGUUGCGUUGUGUUACACUAGUUUACACUGAUUUUGACCUGCGGCAUUUUACUGACAACUUAUAAGUAAAACUUCAUCUUAAAGUUGAAUAUGAAGUCAGAUAUUAAAAAGACUCCUUUUCGCCUACUUUUCAUCAGAAAUAAUGGUAAUUUAGUGGGCUCAUAUUUUAGCAAUAUGUAUAGUAUAUCGAAAACUGUUCCACUUUCUUAAUAUUUGACUUCGUAUUUAGAUGACUUUUGCAAAUGAUAGUACGAAGGACUUUUAAAAAGUCCGUGCAAAAAUAAAAACUGCUUAAUUGUGUGGAGUAAACCUUUUUUUAUUUAUCGACGUAGUCUCAUUUUAGUUUUCUACACUUCGUCAAACGGUGUUCUAGUUUGUUGUUCCCUUGCGAAUAAUAAAGGGUGGUUAAGUUUUAAGGGCCGGUCUUGAUUUUAAAUAAAAUACAAAUACGGCCCAAUGAUGCCACCGGCCCAUAAACCGCAACAAACAGUCACUCUUCGUGGGUGCAUUGGUUUUUCGGCAAUCACUCUUGGAUUAUCAUUCGCCCAAAUGCGGCAAUUCUGCUUAUUGACGAAUCCACUAAGGUGAAAAUGUGCCGAUAUGCAUUUUGAUUUGAACGCCCGUUUUCAUAGUAAGCCUGAAUAACUUUAACGCGUUGCUCGAUUGUGUAUCUCUCCAUGAUUCAAAUUGCGUUAGUCUAAAAUUCAAAAAUGUCAAAUUAAAUGCAGAAAAAAUUUGACGUUUAGGUGUGGUUCAAAUUCAACAUCGGCCCUUGAAAUUUACCCACCCUUUAGAAUUUGUCUAAGUCUGGAAAAUAGGCAUCCGUUUCUGCAAUCACCUUCUCGUUUGAAUAAAAUCUUUUUCGCGCCAGACAUAUCUUCAAAUUGGCCAGAUAUUUCUUCAAAUCGUAGUCCCAGGGAUUCGUGCAAGGCAAGUUUGGAGAAUAGAGGCAAUGUGAAACCCUACCAUUAAUUUUGCGACCACAACCGCUGAGGCGUGAGCUGGCGCAUUGUCGUGCUGGAAAACGAAAAUCACUCGACUUCCUCGAUUCAAACACAAAGAAAUAUACCGAUCUGGCUGAAACUUGGUCUGUGUUCUUCCAAGAGAUUCUACUAACUAAACCCGCCACUAGUCUUAUCUCUGCUGACUUUGCACGGACUUUUCAAACGACUCUCGUAAAAUGCUGCUAUCCACGUCAUUUCCUUUAACACGAAUCAAAAUUUUGUUCACAAGCUAUUCUUUAUUGUACGAAUUGCUGUUCGAUGAGCCGUACAAAUACUUAGUUUUCUCAUUCCGGGUAAGAUCGUCUUUCAAUAUAUAAUGGAGAUCAUUCGCCGGGAUAAACCAGGACCAAAGUCCUUUUCAUUUUCUCUUGGCCCUGACAAUUUCUAACUAUUAGGGUAUUUUACGGAGGCUCAUCUCAACUGUUUUCGUUGUUUAAAGGAAUAUUUUAAAAAUGAGUAGUAAUAGUUCGCAUGUCUGCGUUGGAGUACCAAUUCCAGUUUGCUUUUACGAUGUAUCAUUUUCAUGAGACAAUUUCUCAUCGGGAAAUUAAUUAUCGAAUAGCGUUGCUUCAUCGAUCUAGCAAUUUACCGUAAUGGUCUGUAAUUCAUAUCCCAUUUGGGCGAAACAAUAUCUUCGUGAAAAAAAAAUUGGAAGGUAUCGCCAAUAUCAGAGCUUUAUCCGGCACUCAGCGAAAUUUGAAAAAAUCAGCUGAUGGGCUGACGUAAACUGGGUCAUGAUAGCGGUUUGUUUACGAAAAACCUGAGGUUGUGUUGGUGAUAUAUGGAAAAAUCAACACAGUCUACGCUCAUGUUGCCACUGAUUGGUCGAGUGUGUGUAUACGUGUGAAACGAACGGGCAGAAUUGCGCUGCCGAGUACCCGGUGAUGUGGCUAUUGUACAAAUCCAUAAGUAAAAACACUCUCAGCUGGUUAUCAGAAAAUGCCCACAGCUGAAAUUGCCUGAUUCCAAAACGCUCUUUAUGUAACAUUCAUGCAUAAAAAAUUAUCAAAUUUCAUAGAAAAUCGUAUGAAUCUAAAAAAUGGGGUAACAAUUCAGAUGUUUUUCUUCAUUCAAAAGCAUUAUUAUAGUUAAUAAAUGUAUUAAAACUAUUUGUUAUUGUAAAUUUUCCAAGUCAAAAACAAAAUUUUGUAUAUUUUUGUGUUGAUAUUCUAUCGUUUUUAAUGUGGCCAUAGUAAUUCUAAUUUGGUAUAGCAACCCGACCAAUACAUUCAAGCAAAAAUACUAAGCUUUCAUACCAUCACAAACUUGACUGUCAUCUGUCAAACUCACGCCAAUGUCGCCUGUCAAAAAUUGGGAAGAAGAGAGAGUAACUCAAGAUACUCGCUCAGAUACGUUUAUCCGCCAUAGCUGAAGGCCAAACCUGGUUAUAAUACACCUCAGUUUCUAUACAUCCUUAAGCUUUGGUUGCCGUAUAACAAGUUGUGUUUGUUGAUAGAGCAUAAAAUAUCUCUCACAAGUUUUUGGGCUGUAGAAGUAACAGUCUGCCACAAUAUAGAGCCCCCCCAACUAGUUUGUGGUGCGAAUAGCAAAUCGCAUAUACGGUCAAGAAGUGUCACUUUAGCAGUUUCCACUAAAAAUUUCUAAAUUAUGCUUCAUAACUUCACUACAACAAGAACAAGAAUAGAAAUGUUUUUUCUACUUAUUGCUUUUGAGCCAUUUUCAAUGAAGGUUUAUUUGCAAAAUUAGAACCCGAACAAAAAUUCACUCUAAUGCUACGGCUAGCAUAUACGAAUUAUUUGGCAAAAGUAUCCAAAAAACCGGCAAGAACUAGUUGUAAGAGAGAAAUUCUGAGUUCUAAAUUUUUUUAAUUUUUACCGCCAAUGUUGCUAAAUAAAAAAUACUAAACCCAAGGCAUAUUAAUUUUUUUUGUUUAGAUUUUUUUCUAAUAUAUAUAUUAUAUUUGGUCUAUAAAUUGUGAAAUUUUAUUUAAAUUUCAAUAAACUGUAAAUUUUUGUUUAAGGAUUUCCUUAUUCUACAGAUCUGAAGCAAAAACAAAAAAAGUUGCUCUUCUUGUUUUUGCUCUACUGCUACUCUCUGUUCAAUAUGCCUUUAGUAAAUCGCAGUUGCAUCUUUUAGGCGCAACAUUCUAAUAUGUAACAUUGAUCGACUUCUUCUUCUUGAUUGGCGCGAUAACCGUUUACGCGAUCAACUACUAUGUAAAUAUUAUGAGAAGCAACUUCUACUAUAUACUAAAAAUAAAUCUUAUAAGACUCUUCAUAGCGCCUCAUGCAGAUCUGUCCUUUUAUAUAUUUUUAAAAUAUAUGAGCAAAAUAAUUACUAAGUUGGCUUAGCCGCUAAUGCUUUUUAAUUCAUUGUGAUUGUAAUUCAUUACUUUUCCAAUUUUUAAAUAAAAAAAAAAAAUUAAAAAAAUUACUAAGUUGUUAUAUUUAUUAAUAAUACACGUAAUAAAAACAAUCACAAAUAUCGAAAAUUCUAACGAAAAUGAAAAAAUAGGUUUUUUUUAAUAGUAUCAUCCCCACGACAGUCGAUUCUACGUAACUGUCACAAUAACAAUAAAAAAUAGUAUUUUCGCAGUUUUGCUUAGAGUCUCUCCAAUUUUAUAAUAUACAUAAUUGCCACGAUCUCCCAUAAAAUCAUGGAAAUGUGAAUUCUAACAAAUAUCUAAAUUUAAGCGGCCAAUAUUGCGUUGUAAAACUUAGUUCAAGUAUUUAUAUUUAAAUAUUUAUAAAUUUUGCCAAAAACCAAAUCACUUUCAUGUUGUGUUCGAAAGAAUCCCACCAUUUAACGAGUGACCACCUAGGAGUUGCAUACUCAUUUAAAAACAGAGCAUGCUUCAGAUGCGAGAAGCAUACAUACAUACUUAUAUAUAUAUUAUGUUAUAAUACUGUAUUAUAAAUCUGGUGAUUACGCGCAAUGUCUAGUUAAAAUAUAUGUAUAAAUAUAUCUCUGAAUACGAAUUAGUAGAAAUUUAAAUAUAAAAUAAAAUAACUAAAAUUAAUAUAACUUUAUGCCCACGCAGUCAUGUUUGUAUUAGUAUAAGUAUGAGUUAGUUCUGCAGGACAGCACUAAUUAUAAAAAAAACAAAAACUCAAUAAUAAUCAGUUUAGUAAUCAGUGAAUACUCAUUGAAGAAUUUUUAGAAUCUGAAUAAAAAUCUUAACGAUAAUUAUCCGCUUCAAAUACUAUACAUGAAACAGCAAAACAAAUAACAAAUAGUAUCUGUAUAAAAAAAAUAAAUAAAUAAAAUAAACCCUUUACUAACAAAAGCAGCUCUCAGCUCUUAGAAACGGCUAUCGAUGGUUACUUUCUCAACGAAUUUUAAAAUCACAGUUUCAAGCUUAUAUAACAACUAGUAUAUACGUACAUAUUAAAACAAAAAAAAAAUUAGAAAUAAAAAAAAACAUAAAUUAGUGAGUAAAAGAAAAAUAGAAGGAAAUAAACUAGAAAUAUAGAAUAUCUUAUUUGAACUUUGCUUAUACUAUCAUAAUUUCUUACUUAUGCACUCUAUAAAUACCAAGGGCAUUUAACAUAUUUUUUUGCUUUUGUUAAACUAAUAAACUAAUUUGUUACGCUUUGCAAUUAUAAUACAGUUUUUUAUUUUUCAUUUCAAUAUGCAUCGCUUUGUUGCAAUCUAUCUGUCAAACUGCAUAUAAAUUUAUUUUUUGAAUAAACCUGAAUUUGACGGCUUUGAAAAUACAAAUACUCAUAGUAGCAUGACAAUCAACGAGGUGGACGCGCACACAAGCACAAGUACAUAGAACUAACAAUUAGACAACUACCAGCACUUUAAAUCACGAUGCUGUCUUGCACACCCAAAAUAUUCAGAAUGCUUGACAGCACGCCAAAUACAGAUAUGAGAGCAUCGUAGCUGUAAAAAGAAGCAGUGAAAAUAAGAUAGUCAAAAC